AUGGAACCCUCCAAGAAGAUCUUCACUGAGUCAGACUUAGCUAACUUCAGAAGGUCACUGGCCUAUAACCUGUUAUUGCAUACUUUGAAUGUAAUUGUCAGUAAAGUGAAAGGGAUCGAAAUAAAAGGUGAUGUUUUGGAUGUGUCCUUAGUGACGCGAAAGAAUACUGUGAAAGAUCAAAAACCAUCAAUUCCCAAACUCCUGGCAGAUGAUAGUCUGUUAAGGUUGACUUCUAAUUCAGAUAUCAAUGGUGUAUUGGCAAUUUUGAGACACUUAGAAGAGUUGCUUGUAGAUACACCCCCAUUUCAAGGAGAAAGGCGAUUUGGAAAUUUGGCAUGUCGUACUUGGCAUGAUAAGAUGAACCAAAGCAUUGAAACAGAUAUCGUCCAUAAUCUUCGGUUCACGGAAAAGACCAAGCCUUAUGUUGCUGAUUUAAAGUAUUAUAUUUCCAACUCUUUUGGAUCACGAAUGAGAUUGGAUUUUGGGACGGGUCAUGAGUUAAAUUUUGUGGCAUUUAUAGGGGGAUUGAUUCAAUUGGAUAUUAUAGACUUACAGACACUUAGUGGCGGUGAUUUACUUGUUUUAUUUGCAAAUUACUAUGAUCUAGUCCGUCGCCUUAUACUUCAAUAUAACUUAGAACCAGCAGGUUCUCAUGGUGUAUGGGGUCUUGAUGAUCACUUUCAUUUUAUCUAUAUUCUUGGUGCAUCUCAAUUUAUAGAAGAUAAGAAUGCUCCGAUGGUUCAACAAGUACUAUCAUCUCAAGUGGUGAAUGAAUUUAAGUCAAAGAAUUUGUAUGUCAAUGCAAUUUCAUUUAUUUUUAAAAUUAAACAAGGCCCAUUCAAUGAACAUUCGCCUAUAAUCUACGACAUCCAUUCAUCCGUGUCUUUAUGGACCAAAGUUUUGAAGGGAUUGUUGAGAAUGUAUGAGGUAGAGGUUCUUGGAAAAUUUCCGGUGGUACAACAUUUUUGGUUUGGAGAGCUUUAUUCAUGGAAGGAUCAAGUUACGAACAUAGAAUUACCAUCUAACAACAUUGAUUUUGAUAACGAGAAUCAGGAUGCAAAACUACCAAGCGAAGAUCUUACAAAGCGUACUACACUUCCUACAACAAAGGCCCCCUGGGCGAUGCCGACUACUCGUACAUAUCAUUUACCUAAAGAAAGGGAUCUUAAAAAUUCCUAUAACAAUAAGAGUAAACCAUAA